CGUCGACGCCUUCCCGUUUCUCGAAUCCCGGAGGCGCGACGGCGGAAGAACGAUGUCCGGCGCCGGCGAGAGAUACCGGAAGCUGGGCUUGAGAGGAUCCUUGCCCAGCGCCCACCGGUACCCGAUCGCCUGCAAGGAGCUCAGCUUCAUCCUCAGAGCCGCUUAUCACGAGCUCCCCAAGAUCCUCAAGUCCGCCGUCCUUGACGACGCCCUCGCCGCCUUCUGUCUCCUUCCCGAAAUGAAGACACAGAGUGCUGUUUCAUCGGCUACUUUGCUUGCUCAGGCUGCGGAUGCUGCUUUGCCGAAGCAGAAGAAAAAUAUGGCUCUGACGGAAUUCAAGCAUGCAAAAAUUGCUCAUAAGAAGCAAUGCAAAACACGCCGGGAAGAAAAAGAAUCUUCCCAGCUACCACAAGAUGUUCUGCUGCAUAUCUUCAGUUUCCUAGAUUUUCCAUCUCUAAUUGCUGCCAUGCUUGUCUGCUGGUCAUGGAAUUACACUGCGAGUGAUAACUCUCUCUGGCAGUCUUAUUAUACAAGAGUUUUUCCUCGUGCUGAUAAUAGUUUGAAAACCAAGCAUCAGCAAAAUAGAUCAGUGUGCGAUGAUCAGCAAGAUACGCUUAUGCCCGCGGAAAUUGCUAUGCCAUAUAUUGACUGGAGGGAGGCCUUUAAAAGAUCAUAUAUAGCCAAUUCAAGGAGGAAAAUAAUCUUUGACAGAGGAUUUUGUAGGCGAUGCAAGACUAUCGUUUGGCUCAAUGGUAUCAAUUGCUCAAACCAUGGGGGAGCUAAAUCGAGCAAUAAUGAAAUUAAGCCUGUGUCACCCCAACAGGUGGUUGAUUAUCUGCUCGGCGAUUUUCGUUCUUCGGAUAGUGAUGAUGGUGAUAGUGAUUCAGAUGAUCAGUCGGUCUCCAGGUUAUGGGCCUAUCCCAAAGCUACUCCAUCCUAGAGGUGUUCUAAUCCUCCUCCUCAGGUCCAGUGUGUUACGUAUGCUAUCAACAAGGAUGAAGCUCUCUCUUCAUGGCCCAUGAAGUUGUGCAUCUCUUCAUCUAAGAAUAUGAAAACAUUGGUUUUGUAGAAAGGAAUGCAAUUGGCAUCAAAACGGAGCAGUUUUAUGCCAAAAGCUUGUCUUCCAAGCUCUGUAAAGAGGGGCAAAAAGGUCAUCAUUGAGCUAUAUUGUGAAUAUAAGAACAUUUUACGUCUA